AGCUUGCUGGUCCUCUUUUAAGGAACUUCAGGACAACGUCAAACAAGAAAGAAUUAAUGGAGGUCUCUUCUUGUUACAGCAACAACGACAGGGUUCUCGUACCACACCCAAAAACAGUUGCCUGUCACCAAGAGAACGGUCCCCAUAAACAGAUGAAGUUAUUAUCUCUUUUUGAGUUUUUCCACACAGCUAAUCAUUGCUACUCCGGUCACCUAAGGAAGCUUCUGUGGAAAAACCCUUCAGCACAAUUCAGAAGGGGACAGCUUUAGGUUUUGCCCAAUGCAUGCACUCUGAUGGCGGAUAGAUUGUCAAGUGACAAUCUAGAAACUGGUCCUGGAAAAAGCUUUUGAGUGGCUGGAGAGGAAUUACGACUACCGAACACCACAACACGAGAGCUUGCAGAAAUCAGUUUCCUGAUUGAAUGUGCACCCUCGGUGCUUCCAU